CAACAUUCAUGUUCGAGUGCAAGUUCUUCGACGAGUUCUGCUGUCUGGGAGGAUUUGGAAUAUCCCAUACCGGCCAUGAUUCAACGAACUCAGUGCAUGUAAUUUCAAUACGCCUUGCACGAUGGCGACCGACGUCUUAACCGAUGUUGAAAUUGAUCAACUUCUGAGCCAAGCGGAAAGCAGACUGCGGGAGAAAGUUGGACAGCUUUCGACUGUGGCCACUGAAGAUGAGAUCAGUCUAGAGUCUAAUGUGGCCAAAUCGAAGGCUAGGAAGCCAUUUCCAAAGUUGCGCCACGGACUCGAUGGGGCUGGUUAUCUAAAGGAUGACAAUGGUGUUGCUCAAAUCGACCCCAAAGCCUUGACAGCCUCAGCACAGCAGGAUACCUCUACCUCUUUACCCCCUGUCGAAUUCCCGCAGAAGUCGAAAAAAAUUAACGACCAAUCCUCUGCGGGCCCUGACUGGUUUGGUCUUCCGAAAACCGAUGUCACACCCCAGCUCAAGCGAGACUUACAACUGAUUGAGAUGAGAUCCGUCCUUGACCCACACCGACAUUACAAGAAGAACAACCGCAAGGGUAAAAUACCGACAUUCUCACAAACUGGUACGGUCAUUGAGGGACCUACGGAAUAUUUCAGCUCGAGGAUCAACAAGAAGGACCGGGCAAAGACAUUCGUCGAGGAAGCCAUGAACACCGAGCGUCAGAACGGCCGCUUCAAGCGGAAGUAUGGUGAAAUCCAAGCCGCAAAGACCAGUGGCAAGAAAGAACACUACAAGAAAGUUCUUGCCAAGAGGAAACGGCCGUGAGGGAUUGUCAAGGUCACUCACAUGGCGAGUGCCACACAACCUCCUCGUGUGAUCGUUUCACCCCUCGGUCGAUAUACACCAUAUCACGAUCAUUGGAUUCUGAUUUCAUGGAACAGUGGUCCAAAUCAGAACCCGAACCCAGUCCUCACUGGGAUAGACAUUGGCAGGUGCUGUCGAAAGCAUGAUGGAGGGCUCAACGCGUUCUAUCAUCACCCACCACCUUGAACUUUGUUCACGCCAACGAGUGGUUCAGGGCCUCAUUCCCGGAUGUCCGGGACACGAGCGAUUGAUAGCAAGCUCUGAGGCAGCUCAGCAGCAGCUGAGCAAGGGCUUGCAGAAGCAACAGACAGAUCAAUUCCGGUCGUGUCACCCUCAUAUGUCGAUAUCACCACCUGUCAUUCAGAAAAUUCCUGUGGCGCUCCGGCGGUGAGCGUAGUCUACAUGAACUAUGCAGCGAAAUUGUCUCGAAUCUGGAAAAGGCCAAAGUCCUCGGGCAAGUUGCAUCUGGAGAUCGGCCACAACUUACAAUAAGGUCGCUCGUUCGAGUGCCUAAUACUUAAUUGGCAACCGGGAGGUCAAGCGGCAGAGUCCAGCUGAGCUCCGGGUCUUCAGUAGCUGGAGGCAAGCAUGUUGUUUACUUGGUAGCAAAACGACAAAUUCGUGUGUGCUGGCUAGUCAGGGGCUACGGAGAUUAUGUGUAAUCAUUGCAGGCAUACACCUUGGGAUCCGAUGAGCCCUGGUGAGGCUGAUCAAUUUGAUAAGAGAUUUCAUGACCCGAAUUAUCAGUUGGGAUGUCUCAAUGACGUUGCUCGCAUCGUCCACGGAAUCACGAUAGUCUGUGUACGGAGUAGUGCUGAG